UCACCAGCAAGGCUCAGUGAGAGGAGAAACCAUCAGGACAGAAGAAAAAAUGUCUCUCCUGCAGGAUUUAGUGUCCUUUCUCUUCUCCAGCCCCACUACUACGCUGGGAGCUGCUGUCCUCCUCCUUCUUCUCUACUUUCUUGUUUCCAGCAGUUUCAACUCAGACGAGUCGCGUAAGGAGCCUCCAGGGCCAAAACCUCUUCCCGUUCUUGGCAACCUGCUGCAGCUAGACCUUAAGAGACCUUACAGGACACUCUGUGCACUUUCAAAGAAGUAUGGGUCAGUGUUCACGGUGCACUUUGGACCAAAUAAAGUGGUGGUUCUGGCUGGGUACAAGACAGUCAAAGAGGCUCUGGUUGGCCAUGCAGAGGAGUUUGGAGACAGACACAUCUUUCCCGUGUUUUAUGACUCAAAUCAGGGUCAUGGUAUUGUGUUUUCGAAUGGAGAAUCGUGGAAAGAGAUGAGGCGUUUCGCCCUGUCCACCCUGAAAGACUUUGGCAUGGGUAAAAGAAUAAGUGAGGAAAGAAUCCUGGAGGAAUGCCACCAUCUUAUCCGACAGUUUGAUCAGCAUAAAGGAGAACCCUUCGAUACGUCAUGUCCGAUGCAUCACGCUACAUCAAACGUCAUCUCUUCCAUCGUUUACGGGAGUAGGUUUGAAUAUGACGACCCCCGCUUUACAGAAAUGGUGCAAAUAGCCAGUGAAAGCAUACGAUUGUUUGGUUCUGCACAAGUUGGGCUCUUCAACAUGUUUCCAUGGCUGCUCUGUUGGGUGAAAAAUCGUCACCUGGUGUUGAGAAACAGAGACAGAUUGGUCAGAAAUGUAAAAGGGCUGAUCAAGAAUCUAAAGGAAACACUAAACCCUCAGAUAUGCCGGGGGUUUGUGGACUGUUUUCUGAUUCGAAAGCAGAAGGAUGAGGAAGCUUGUGAUUUGGACACCUAUUACAACGAGAAAAACCUGAUCUUCUCAGUCACCAACCUGUUUGCAGCUGGUACCGAUACCACAGGGACCACAAUAAGAUGGGGUUUGCUGCUUAUGGCCAAAUAUCCACAUAUACAAGAGAAAGUCCAUGAAGAGCUGGACAGGGUAGUGGGAAGCCGUCAGAUCUGUGUAGAUGACCGGAAACACAUGCCAUACGUAGACGCCGUCAUCCACGAGACACAGAGGCUGGCAAGCAUCGUCCCCAUGAAUUUACCUCACAAAACUAGCCAGGACGUCAACUUCCAGGGAUUCUUCAUCAAAAAGGGGACUAUUGUGUUUCCUCUGCUUACAUCUGUGCUACAUGAUGAGAGUGAAUGGGAGAGUCCGAACACAUUUAACCCUUCACACUUUCUGGAUGAGGAGGGUAAAUUUGUCAAGCGAGAUGCCUUCAUGCCAUUCUCUGCAGGUCGCAGGAUGUGUCUUGGAGAAGGUCUGGCCAAGAUGGAGCUCUUCCUCUUCUUCACUUCUCUCCUCCAGCGGUUCUGUUUCACUCCUCCACCUGGAGUUACAGAGGAUGAACUGGAUCUCACACCAGCUGUUGGCCUGACGCUCAACCCUUCCCCUCAUGAGCUUUGUGCUGUCAGCAGAGAUCUGUAAGAUGGCGUGAUAACUGUCAAGGUCACAGUGUCAUGAAAUAUGUAAAAUAUGUAAGAUAUCAAAGAAAGGUAAAACACUAUCCAAAGUUUUUUUUUAUAUUGCUGUAAUAUUUCACAUUAGCUUUAACAAUCACCAGAGAGUUUUUAUGUGUAAGACCUUUAUUCCAAAUUAGACUUUCACAUUUAAUCAUACACCUGCAUCUUUUCCACUAUAUAACAUUAAAUGGUGAACUUGGUGUAUAGAUUGCCAUUUUUGAAAUGUUCUUAUAUGGCAGCAAAUUAUAGAAAUAUAUUUGGUUAUCAUAAAUGCAUUUUUUGAUUCAACUCUUAAUAAAGCAGAUAGACUACAACUCUUAGCAUUUAAGCAAGUACUUGU